GGAGCUGGCACGGCAGGUUCCCGCUUCCGCAUUCCAGACACCCACCGCGGGCGGGGGAGGCACCACCCACCGCGGGGCGAGGGCGGCCGCGAGCGCGGGCAGGCAGGUGGCCUUGGCCCGGACCGGACCCAGGACGGGACUCGAGAGCCUGGAGCUCCCCCCGGUUCACCUGCCGACUUGGUGAUCCCGGCCGGGCUCCGGACGUCUUUCAGAUGCACAGUCUUUGACCUCGGCUAUCCUGGGACCCAUAAGGAGCGCUAGUGUCCAGAACAUACCAAGGCAUGGCAGGGAAGGCCCCCCUGCAGCCCGCCGGCCCUCACACAUAACUGCUGCUCCCUCUGCCCUGCUGACCCACUCAAGUCUGGAGGCCCCGGGACAGCGCCUGCCUCGAGAGGUUGUCCAGGCACUGCUGUCCACAGCGAUGGUGGAGAAUUGGACUCCACAGGCUCACAACCUUCCCGUCAGGCUUCAGGGGCCAGCAGCCUUCAUCCUAGGACUGGUGGCCCUAAACAAUGGCUGAGGGCCAGGGGAUCCCAUAAAGUUAGUCUACAGCUUUCAGGGGCCAGCAGCACUCCAGUGCCCGUGGACUAUGACCACCUAUCGGCCCAUCCCCAGUGAUGGUGUGGACCUGGCAGCUGGCUGCGGGGCCAGGGCGGCCGAUGUCCUGCCCGGGCCGCACACCGGGGACUACGCUCCCUUGGGAUUCUGGGUGCAGAACGGCAGCGUGCCCCAGCCUGUGGGCGAGAGCACGGUCAGCGCCGCCACCCGCCCCAGCCCCACCACCCCGGCCAUGCCCAAGAUGGGCGUGCGCGCCCGGGUGGCCGACUGGCCGCCCAAGCGGGAGGCCCUGAGAGAACAGAGCAACCCCAGCCCCUCCCUGGACGCAGAUGGCACGAAGGCCACGAAGGCGGCCCAUGCCAUGAGGAGCGUACAACAGAACGGACAGCCCCCCGCCGGUACCCCUACCCCGGCUUCCUCAGGGUCCAAAGCCUUGCACCGACUCGCCAGGAGGCGGUCUAAGGAUGUGGAGUUCCAGGAUGGGUGGCCCCGGUCCCCCGGCCGGGCCUUCCUCCCGCUGCGGAACCGCAGCAGCAGCGAGAUCACCCUCAGCGAGUGCGACGUGGAGGACACGGCGGAGCCCCGGGCGGCCCGCCACACGGGGGCGCUGCCGCUCUUCCGCGAGUACGGAAGCACGUCCUCCAUCGACGUGCAGGGCGUGCCCGAGCAGAGCUUCUUCGACAUCCUCAACGAGUUCCGCAGCGAGCAGCCCGAGGCCCGGGGCACGCCGAGCUUCACCGAGCUCCUGCGGGCCGAUCCCGGUCCCCACGUCUCGGGGGGCGGCGGCAGCGGCGCAGCCAAGGGGGAGGCCCGCAACGGGCAGCCCGCCAAGGACAGCCUGCUGCCGCUGCAGCCCCUGAAGGAGAAGGAGAAGGCCCGUAAGAAGCCCGCGCGGGGCCUGGGCGGCGGGGACCAGGUGGACUCGUCCAUCUUCCGGAAGCUGCGGAGCAGCAGAGCCGACGGCGAAGCGGCCCGGUGCUCCGGAGAGGCCGAGGACGGCCGGAGCCCCCCGGAGGCCAGCCGGCCGUGGGUCUGCCAGAAGAGCUUCGCCCACUUCGACGUGCAGAGCAUGCUGUUCGACCUCAACGAGGCGGCGGCCAACCGGGCGUCCACGGCCCAGCGGCGGAACACGACCACCGGGGCCUCGGCCGCCUCGGCCAUGGCGUCCCUGACGGCGUCGCGGGCCCACAGCCUCGGCGGCCUGGACCCCGCCUUCACCAGCACGGAGGACCUGAACUGCAAGGAGAACCUGGAGCAAGACCUAGGCGACGACACCAGCAACGACCUGCUGCUCAGCUGCCCGCACUUCCGCAACGAGAUCGGCGGGGAGUGCGAGCGCAACGUGAGCUUCUCGCGGGCGGCCGCCGGCUCCCCAGGCGGAGGCGGAGGCGGAGGCGGGGGCGGUGGCGAGGUCCGCCCGCUGGAGCCCACCCUGAGCACCUACCGCACCAACGCCAGCAUUUCGGUGCUGGAGGUGCCCAAGGAGCAGCAGAGGACGCAGAGUCGCCCGCGGCAGUACAGCAUUGAGCACGUGGACCUGGGCGCCCGCUACUACCAGGACUACUUCGUGGGCAAAGAGCACGCCAAUUACUUUGGGGUGGACGAGAAGCUGGGGCCGGUGGCCGUGAGCAUCAAGCGAGAGAAGCUGGAGGACCACAAGGACCACGGGCCUCAGUACCAGUACAGGAUCAUCUUCCGGACCCGAGAGCUCACCACCUUGAGGGGCUCCAUCCUGGAGGACGCCACACCCACCGCCAUGAAGCAUGGCACCGGGCGGGGCCUGCCCCUGCGGGACGCCCUGGAGUAUGUCAUCCCUGAACUCAACAUCCACUGCCUGCGCCUGGCUCUCAACACUCCCAAGGUGACGGAGCAGCUGCUGAAGCUCGACGAGCAAGGGCUCUGCCGGAAGCACAAAGUGGGCAUCCUCUACUGCAAGGCCGGCCAGAGCUCGGAGGAGGAGAUGUACAACAACGAGGAAGCCGGCCCGGCCUUUGAAGAGUUCCUCUCCCUCAUCGGGGAGAAGGUCUGCCUGAAAGGCUUCACCAAGUACGCCGCCCAGCUGGACGUCAAGACCGACUCCACAGGAACCCACUCCCUCUACACGACGUACCAGGACUACGAGAUCAUGUUCCACGUCUCCACCCUGCUCCCGUACACCCCCAACAACAGGCAGCAGCUGCUGAGGAAGAGGCACAUAGGCAACGACAUCGUGACCAUCAUCUUCCAGGAGCCCGGGGCGCUGCCGUUCACCCCCAAGAACAUCCGCUCCCACUUUCAGCACGUCUUCAUCAUUGUCCGGGCCCACAACCCCUGCACUGAUAACGUCUGCUACAGUAUGGCAGUGACCCGAUCCAAAGACGCUCCUCCUUUCGGCCCCCCGAUCCCCAGUGGAACCACAUUCCGAAAAUCUGACGUCUUCAGAGACUUCUUGCUGGCCAAGGUGAUUAAUGCCGAGAACGCUGCGCACAAGUCUGACAAGUUCCACACCAUGGCCACCAGGACCCGCCAGGAGUACCUCAAGGACCUGGCGGAAAACUGUGUCUCCAACACACCCAUUGACUCCACCGGCAAGUUCAACCUCAUCUCCCUGACCUCCAAGAAGAAGGAGAAGACAAAAGCCCGGGCAGGUGCCGAGCAGCACAGCGCCGGGGCCAUCGCCUGGAGGGUGGCGGCUGAGGACUACGCGCAGGGGGUAGAGAUAGACUGCAUUUUGGGAAUUUCCAACGAGUUUGUGGUGCUGCUAGACCUACGCACUAAGGAAGUGGUGUUCAACUGCUACUGUGGGGAUGUCAUCGGCUGGACCCCAGACUCCUCGACAAUCAAAAUCUUCUACGGGCGAGGGGACCACAUCUUCCUCAAGGCCUCUGAGGGUUCUGUGGAGGACAUAAGAGAAAUUGUCCAGAGACUGAAGGUGAUGACCAACGGCUGGGAGACAGUGGACAUGACCCUGCGGCGGAACGGGCUGGGGCAGCUGGGCUUCCACGUGAAGUAUGACGGCACCGUGGCCGAGGUGGAGGAUUAUGGGUUUGCCUGGCAGGCUGGCCUACGGCAGGGCAGCCGGCUGGUGGAGAUCUGCAAGGUGGCCGUGGUCACACUGACCCACGACCAGAUGAUCGACCUGCUACGCACCUCUGUCACCGUCAAGGUGGUCAUCAUCCCUCCUUUCGACGAUGGCACACCCCGGAGGGGGUGGCCAGAAACAUAUGAUAUGAAUACCUCGGAGCCCAAGACCGAGCCAGAGGGCCUGGCCCCGGGGGGCAGGCCCCCCUACCGCAGCAAUGCUCCCUGGCAGUGGAGUGGGCCCGCGUCCCACAACUCUCUCCCGGCCUCCAAGUGGGCCGCCCCCGCCACCCCCGGACACGCCCAGUCCCUGAGCCGGCCCCCGAAGCAGACCCCCAUGGUCCCCUUCCGGGAGUCCCAGCCCCUGCACAGCAAGAGGCCCGUCAGCUUCCCUGAAACCCCUUACACAGCGUCACCAGCAGGGGUCGACAAAGUCCCUCCCUACCGACAGCCUUCUGGGAGCUUCUCCACCCCCGGCUCAGCCACCUACGCGAGAUACAAGCCAUCCCCAGAAAGGUACACGGCCGCCCCACACCCGCUGCUGUCUUUCGAUCCCCACUUCAGCCACGACGGGACAUCCAGCGGCGACUCCUCGUCAGGCGGCCUGACCAGCCAGGAGAGCACCAUGGAGCGUCAGAAGCCAGAGCCUUUGUGGCAUGUGCCCGCCCAGGCCCGGCUCUCAGCCAUGGCUGGAAGCAACGGGAGCAAGCACGCCUCCAGGCAGGACGCAGCAGGCAAAGAUUCCCCCAACAGGCAUUCCAAGGGGGAGCCCCAGUACUCCAGUCAUUCCAGCAGCAAUACCCUCUCCAGCAACGCUUCCAGCAGCCACAGUGAUGACCGUUGGUUUGACCCCCUGGACCCCCUGGAGCCGGAGCAAGACCCUCUCUCCAAGGGCGGCUCUAGCGAUAGUGGCAUCGACACCACCCUCUACACCUCCAGCCCCAGCUGCAUGUCCCUGGCCAAAACACCUCGACUGGCCAAGCCGCACAAGCCCCCAGGAAGCAUGGGCCUCUGCGGGGGUGGGCGCGAGGCCACCGGGCGGUCUCACCAUGCAGACCGGCGGCGGGAGGUCUCGCCCGCCCCGGGCAUCACUGGACAGAACAAGGGCUACCGACCGAAGCUGUACUCCUCAGGCUCCAGCACCCCGACGGGCCUGGCCGGGGGCAGCCGCGACCCAUCCAGGCAGUCCAGCGACAUGAGCUCACGGGCCGGCUACCCCGCUCAGGUUCACAAGACAGCCAGCACCGAGAGCCCGCGGCCCUCACAGCUGGCCCAGCCCAGCGCCUUCCAGCUCUCCACCUCUGUCCCCAAGUCCUUCUUCUCCAAGCAGCCCGUGCGCAACAAGCACCCCACGGGGUGGAAGAGGACAGACGAGCCCCCGCCACGGCCACUCCCCUUCACUGACCCAAAGAAACAGGUGGACAGCAGCACGAAAAACGUCUUCGGGCAGCCGCGGCUGAGGGCCUCCCUCCGAGACCUCCGCUCCCCACGGAAGAACUACAAGUCCACCAUCGAAGAUGACCUAAAGAAGCUCAUCAUCAUGGACAACCUGGCGCCCGAGCAGGAGAGAGAAACCGGCCAGUCACCACAGAAGAGCCUGCAGCGGACGCUGUCAGAUGAGAGUCUGUGCAGUGGGCGUCGGGAGCCCAGCUUCGCCAACCCUGCCGGCCUGGAGCCAGGCCUGCCCAGCGACGUGCUCUUCACCAGCACCUGCGCCUUCCCCUCCAGCACGCUGCCCACCCGCCGCCAACACCAGCACCCCCACCCGCCUGGCGGCCCUGGCCCCGUCCCCACCACCGCCGGCAGCAGCUUCCCCGAGAAGAAAUAUCGCCACAAACCUUGACUUCAGAGAUGUGCCCACUCCCAGGUUUCAGCUGAGGGGCUAUGCCCUGUAGCAUCUGAUGGAGCCCUUUUGUACACCACAGUGGAUGGAGGAGACUCGGGGACUUUUUUUGAGGGGUUCUGUCUCCCCCCUUAAAAUUCUUCCACGGCUUCUCACUGACCUCCUAUCUGGGUCCAUAUUCCUUGCCCUGAUAUUUUGGGGCUCCACCCUAGGGCCCUUCCUCAGUGCCUCCACUUCAUGGCACCCUCCCUGAGAACCUCCUGUCCCACACUCGCCCUCCUCAGGGUAUUCCAAGUGACUUCCCUUUGCCUGCCAUGCUGUUCCCCAGCCCCCUGCUUGGUACCUGACUCCUUUAGGGCUUUGCUCAGAUCUGGCUCUUUCCUGGGGUCUCCCGUAAGCCCCAGGCCGGUCUCUCUCUCCCGUCUUAAACUCGAGAGCCCCUGGCCUGCCCCUCUGUUGGCUUUCUCCCACUGUUUCUCCAGCCCCCGGUCUGGGCCAGGCUCUGCUGUGGGCUCUGGGCACCCAGCAGUGGGGGGCACAUCACCCCCUGCCCUGGUGGCAGAGCUUCCCAGCGGUUUCUCUGGCUUCUCUGAGCUUCGCUCUGUGUCUCCUUCAUCAGCCUCUCACCUCCACUGCCCUGCCCGUGCCGAAGGCAGGGCCUGGCAUGAGGAGGCAUUUGACACAUGGUAAGAAGGCAAGAGGCAGGCCAGGGCAGGGGUAGUGUGCCCAGAGAUCACAGACAGACAGACAGAGUACCUGCCUGGCUCUACCUAUCCUUUCAGUCGUGACAAAGAAGCUGCCUCCUCCAGGAAGUCCUCUCUCCCUAAUCAGGCUGUAUCAGGCACCUCCUCUGGGCAGCCCCUGCCCCCAGCUCCCUCGCAUCCCAUCAUGCUCUCUCAGCCUUGGUUUCCCCAUCACAGCCCCACUCUUUCCCGGCAGUCGCUGUGUGGGAAUGAGUCUGUCUCCCACGCUGGACUGGGGACUCCCUAAGAGCAGGACCCAGGGUUGUCUGGGUCCUUACGGUGACCGUAGCCCAGGGCCCUCUUUCUCAUGAAACAUGCGCACAUGCACACACACACACACACACCCUCUCUCUGUGCCCAUCUGACUCCCCUGUCCUCCUGAACCUGAGAGCCCAUCUGGCCAGGGGCCCCAGCCUUUCCACGUCUCCACGCCUGCUCGAGAGCCCUUCCCAAGCCACGUCAGGGCUGAAGAGGUGCUGUCAGCCUGAGCCCAGGCUCCCCUGAUGAAGGGCCCUCAAGGCCAAGGAGCCUCUCACGAGGCAGCACCUGAGAUGACUUGCGUGGCAGAGGCAGCUGCUCCCGCGGUCCCCACCCGCUCGGCCGUGAGACACUAGGAGGCUGGAAACGGGAGUGUGGGGAUCAAGGGCAUCCUUCUGCCUGCCUUCUCAUCCAUUCCCCUGAGUGUUCAUUCACUCACCAACGAGCACCUCACGUCCUGAGAGCCGGGUGGCUGGGGUUUGUGGUCAGGUCCUGACCUCACAGCUGUAACCUCCGUGUGCCUAUAGAAUGUAGGCCAAAAAAGCACCCUCCUCACUGAGUUAAUCUGAGAAUCAGACAAGCUAGUACAAGGGAAACACCAAACUAAGAGCCUGAUGUGCAGUAAGCGUUGAAAAAAACACUAGCUGUUGAUGUGUGUGUGUGUGUCACCAUUCUGUCGCCAGGAGCGAGCGUUCUACCUUCUCAUCAGUCAGGUUUGCGCCUCUGAACUAAGACAUGAGCAGGGAGCCUCUCAAGACCAACGCCGCAUGGGGCCGGGCUUAGAGCAGGGUCAGCGGCAGACCCCACGUGUCAAACUCAGGUGCCCCCACCAGCGAGAGAGAGGGUGCGAGGCAGCCAGCUUCCUGUUCUGAGCCCCAGUCACCCCUCUGUCACCUGGGGUCAUAGUAGUGCUUCCCUCCUGGCUGAUUUGGGGGAGUGGGGGCUGAGAGAUGAUCGCUGUAGUACCCAGUGUGGUGCCCGGUGAGAGGAUGAACCUGGGGUACAUGGAGCAGGCCCAGCCUUUCCUGCCGGAGUCACCGCCCGACCUCCGUGCUUCCCUGUCACCCUCUGCGCCCUCCCCUGUAGGGUCGUGAGGCCUCAGUGAGUCAGGGCCUAAGCCCGGCAGGGGGACUCCCUCCAUCUCUGCAGCAGAUGCCACCGUUGACACGCUGUUUGUGCCUUCCAUCCUUUCCAGCACCCUGAGACUCUUUCCCUGCCUGUCAUGUCAUGCCUGAACCCACCAGGUCUCCCCACAGUGACCCUAAACACCAGCCACACCCCAAAGCCCCACGUUCUGUCUGCAGCCUGGCACUCUCCCCUCUGCUCCAGACGCGUGUGGCCUGCACCCCACCCACGGCUCCGUGCGGGUGUCUCAGGCUUCUCACACUCACACCUCCAGAAGCCUCACUUCUGAUCUCGCCCCCGGUCCUCCCCGACUCAGUGCCAGCUCCAGCAUCCUGAAGUCCUCCCGGAGCCCCCCCUGUCUCACACCCACGUCCACCCUCAGGGAAUGCUGUCGGCCCCACCUGCCAGGCAGACCCAGGACCUUGUCCCUCCAGCCGUACCGUGCCCUGUCUGCCUUCAGCUCCCUCUUGGACCGUCCCAGGAGCCUCCUCACAGCCUCCCUGAUCCCCCCCACAGAAAGCCAGAGGGAUCCAGUGGACACCGGCGACAGCUCAGAACCCUGCUCUGGCUCCAUCUCACUUGGGGAAGAGAUACGGUUCUUGUCGUAGCCCCCAGGGCCCUGCACCCUCCAGCCCUGUCACCACCUUCUGUCCCAGCCACGCGAGCCUCCUCUUUUUUUUUUUUUUUUUAGUUUGUCUGUGCCAGGUCUUAGUUGUGGCAUGUGGGAUUUAGUUCCCUGACAAGGGAUCGAACCCGGGCCCCCUGCAGUGGAAACGCGGAGUCUUAGCUACUGGAUAUCUAGAGGAGUGCCCUCCUCAGUGUUUCUUAAACCUCCAGGCACGUUCCUGCUUCAGGGAUUCAUUUCUCACUGGUUGGUUCAUCUGCCCAGAAAGCUCUUCUCCCAAGAUGUACCCCCUGACCACCCACCACGGCCUCGCCUCCUUCGGAGUUUUGUACAAAAGGCCAUCUUCUCGGCAAGGCCUCCCCUGGCACCCUGUUUCAAAUCAUACCCACAUAAAUAUCCGAGACUCCCACCCCCUCACCCUGCUGGUUGUGCUCCCUGGCGUUUAUCAUCUAAUAAAUAUAAUUUAUUCAUUUAAUUAUAUGUGACAGUGUAACAGUUCUGUAACGUGACGUGAUUGUAUGUG